AUGAACAGAAUAAUCAUUCUCAUCGAUAUGGAUUGCUUCUACGUACAAGUGGAACAGCGUGAACAACCAGAGACGCAAAACAAACCAUGUGCCGUGGCCCAAUAUAAUGGCUCGACCGGUGGCGGAAUCAUUGCAGUCAGUUACGAAGCUCGAGCGCGAGGAGUUAAACGCGGCAUGUGGGGGAAAACGGCAUUGAAAACAUGUGAUGAUCUCAUACUGUUCGAAGUGCCGGAGAAGCGAGGCAAGGCGGAUUUAGCCAAAUAUCGGGCAGCUGGUGCGGAAGUUAUUCAGUGCAUUUCUGAAUUUGUUAAUAACGUAGAACGUGCAAGUAUUGACGAAGCCUAUGUGGAUAUAACCGGUUUGUGGUUUUGUAUUGUGUUUUGUGAUCACGAAAAAUUCGUUACAGACUUUGUAACUGAACAACUUGAACAGAAUACUCACUCUAUGACAUUAGACACCACGCCAACAGAUGAAGCAUAUGUAAUGGCUCAACACCGACCGUAUACUCAAUCAAGUGAUGUACGGACUGUCGAUUCAACGUCAUGCAAUGCACUUAGUGAAUCUCUAAACCGACCGGAUUGGAAAGAAUUUCUGAUUGAAUCCUUUGCUGAUGGUGAACGAUAUGCGUUAGCCUCGGCAUUAACGUAUCACAUUCGGAAAGCAAUUUUACGGCGUACUGGAUUCAGAUGUUCUGCGGGGGUCGCUCCGAAUAAGGUGAGCCAAUAA